AUGACCAUCACCUCGGACACGAGCGCUCCUCUUGUCGUCGUCGGCGGCUCUACUGGCCAGCAAGGCGGUAGCGUCAUUCGCUCUCUCCAGGAGUCCAACAAGGCCUACCGGAUCCGUGGUCUCACCCGUGAUGUCUCCAAGCCCGCUGCGAAGGCACUCGCCGAGCAAGGAGUCGAAAUGCUCUCCGUAAAUCUCGUGAUCGAGAACAAGGCUCAAGUGGUUGAGGCCUACAAAGCCGCCGACAUUGUGUUUGCGAUGACUAAUUUUUGGGAACAUGUCGAUAAGGCAAAGGAGACCGCGGAAGGCAAGAUGUUUAUCGACGCGGCGCUCGAGGCCAAAGUCCCACUCUUCAUCUUCUCCUCGCUCGGUAGCUUUGAUGAAUAUUCGGGAGGCAAAUAUAAGAAUGUGCACCACUUCGAGAGCAAGGCACAGAUUGCCGAUUAUGGGCGCUUGAAGGCAUCGCCCAGCUUUACAUUUGUGGCCGUCCAAGCUGGUUUCUACUACACCAACCUCACUCGGAACCAGAUCAUCAGGCAGGGGAACGACGGCACUUGGACCGCUGCCCUCCCCUGCAAGCCCGACGCCUUGGUACCCGGCAUCGACAUCGACGAAUAUGGUCUCUGGGUUCGUGCUGCUAUCGAGCACGAGGAGCUUCGAGACGGCCGCGAAAUUUUGACGUGCAGUCAGGAGAUGUCAAUUGGCGACAUGGUUAAGGAGAUUGCGAAACAGACUGGCCUAAAAAUUGCCUUCAAGACUGUCAACAACGACGAGUUCCGUGCGGCCAUGCCCGAAGGGACCCCAGAGCACAUCAAGGACGACUUGGUCGAAUGCUGGAACGCAUUGUCAGAGAUUGGCUACUACAACCGGGAAGAUGUCACCCGCUUCCUGCCUUACCUCAGCCGCAAGACUACGACGUUUGCUGACUGGGUCAAGAAGAAGGACAUGCCGGAGUAUGGGAAGAGGGCAUGA